GGUUCGCUCUACUCUGUCAGCCUUUCUCGCAUCAGGAUCUGCUACUCCGCCUAACGGGAAGCAACGACGGCUUAAUCUUUCAUUGGGAGAAAAACGGUGAAAGGCGAGACGAAAAACAUCCAGAAACGGUCUUCGCCUCUAGCCACAAUGAUCCACAGCUUGUUCUUAAUUAACGCCUCGGGGGAUAUUUUCCUGGAGAAGCACUGGAAAAGCGUGGUCAGCCGCUCUGUGUGUGACUACUUCUUUGAGGCCCAGGAGCGAGCUACCGAGCCGGAGAACGUCCCGCCGGUGAUCCCCACGCCACAUCACUACCUUAUCAGUGUGCUCAGGCAUCACAUCUACUUUGUGGCAGUCAUCCAGAGUGAGGUGCCGCCGCUCUUUGUCAUCGAGUUUCUGCACCGAGUUGUAGACACCUUCCAGGACUAUUUUGGAGUGUGUACAGAGGCGGCCAUCAAGGACAAUGUGGUAGUGGUCUAUGAACUACUGGAGGAGAUGCUGGACAAUGGGUUUCCUCUGGCCACAGAGUCCAAUAUCCUUAAGGAGCUCAUUAAGCCUCCUACCAUCCUCCGCACAAUGGUCAACACCAUCACAGGCAGCACCAAUGUGGGUGAGCAGCUCCCUACAGGCCAGCUGUCUGUGGUCCCCUGGCGGCGCACUGGGGUCAAAUACACAAACAAUGAAGCCUAUUUCGACGUGGUGGAGGAGAUCGAUGCAAUCAUCGAUAAAUCUGGCUCCACCAUUACAGCAGAAAUACAGGGAGUUAUUGACGCCUGCGUAAAACUGACAGGCAUGCCCGACCUCACCCUCUCAUUUAUGAAUCCACGGCUGUUGGAUGAUGUCAGUUUCCACCCAUGUGUUCGGUUCAAGCGCUGGGAAGCCGAGCGGAUCCUCUCCUUCAUCCCGCCUGAUGGGAACUUCCGGUUGCUCUCCUACCAUGUCAGCUCUCAGAACCUGGUGGCUAUCCCAGUGUAUGUGAAACAUAACAUCACCUUUCGGGAGGGAAGUUCCCAGGGGCGUUUUGAUUUGACCCUGGGCCCCAAACAGACGAUGGGCAAGGCCGUGGAGUCGGUCCUAGUCAGCAGUCAGAUGCCCCGGGGGGUCCUCAAUGCCAACCUCAACCCCUCCCAGGGAACAUAUACCUUUGACCCAGUCACAAAGUUGUUGACAUGGGAUGUUGGGAAGAUCAACCCACAGAAGCUUCCUAGUCUGAAGGGCACCAUGAGCCUGCAGGCUGGAGCCUCCAAACCUGAUGAGAACCCCACCAUCAACAUUCAGUUCAAGAUCCAACAGAUGGCUAUCUCAGGGCUGAAAGUGAAUCGGCUGGACAUGUAUGGAGAGAAGUAUAAACCUUUCAAAGGCAUCAAGUACAUGACCAAAGCUGGUAAGUUCCAGGUCCGGACGUAAAGACUGCCUCUCUGUGACAACCGGCCCGAGCCACCGUGAGACUGAAGGGUGAUGUGGUGGGGGAAGAGGAGUUUGGUACAUUCCCUGUGCUUAUGCAUUUACCCAUGAAGGCUUACCAACACGAACUGGAGGCUCCUUGUAGCAGUUACGAGUGGACCACUGCACACAGACAUGAAACCUCUGUUGAAGAACUCUGCCUGAUUCAGGCGAGUUUGAAGCAAGUGUCCUAAAACAUUUUCAACACUGUCCAUGCUGAAGUCAGCAAAACCACACUCAUCCAGAACAAAUUUGUCCUUAUAAUACAGUAACAGGAUUUUCACUGAUGAAAUAUAUUGAAACAGAGCUUCUACAGAAAGAAAUUCUGAAAGUAGUAAGCUGCCAUAAAUUUACUGUUCUCAGAUCUAAUGACCGCUGCAAGGUAAAGCAGUCAUGUUGUCGGACCUUUAAGAAGUUCAAGUCAAAUGAAAGACCUGCAGUGACUCCAAACAGUCCCAGUUUUUACUGCCAGUGAAAAUCCACUCUGCUUCUUAUCCUCCUGUCCAGGUUUUCUUUGCUUUUUCUUUCUUUUCUUCUUUUUUUUUUUUUUUUACCAGCAACCCGGUCCUUCUGUUUUCUGUUUGCGCUUCUGUUUGUUCUGUUCUUUGUGUCUUCGCCGCAGUUCGAUGAUAUUGUCUGCAACACUGGAGUCGGCAUGCUGACGUAUUAGAAUGUGUCUCUGAAACUGUCCUCAGUCUUUCAAGCAUUUUCUUUGCAAGUAAGAAGGAUGGAGUGACUGUGUCUUUCUGAGCUAUUUAUUACUAGAACAUCAUGCACGUUCACCUCUUUCUGUUCAGCUGUAAUCCAGUAAUGUUAUGUUUCAAUGCUGUCAUUAAAUCUCUUGGAAAAGAAGAUCGAUCCUGACAGUUUGGUGCUUAACACUAUGGUCCAAAUGUUCCACAAAGCUUCUCUCAGCCUUUACAGUCAGUAUGAUGUGCUGUUUAGAAAAAAGAAAAAAAAAUCUCUUUGCAUACAUGGUGUAAACAUAAGCUUAUGAAUGUCACCAUGGAAACUGGUGAUGCGGAUCACAUCGGUACGAGUGUGAUGAAGUGAUGCGUCCGUGCCUCAGGGUCUCUGCUGGAAUCAGCCCACCAUCAUAUUGUGGUCUCAUAAAGCUGGCGUGGAGGGUCAUGGUUGCUACAGAUACAUUGUGGUGUUAACAGCUCAGCGUAUAAUGAAUACAAAAAAAAAAAAUUGUGUAAAGAUAUAACAGCGAGGUACCUCAGACGAAAUGCUUUGUGUUUACAGCGUUAUGUUUGUGUUUGUUAAACAGCCUCCAAUGGAGUGUUAAAAUGGU